CGACCGGAAGCACCUCCGGUGAUCUACGAAGUGAGCUCGGCGGCCGGCUUGAGUGUUGCCUUGUUCCUCUGCAUCUUCCUCGUCCGGCGCAUCGUGCCAGGGGCGAGCAAGCAUUGGUUGUGCCGCACGCCCCAUGUCUGCGUCUGCACCUUGAUUGUCGUGUCGUCUCUGCAGUGCCUCUUACUGGGGUGGCGCUACAACCACUAUCCGAUGGAGUCCACUCUGGCGGAGGAGCCUGGUGCAGAGGAAGCGGCUUCCACGCUCGAAGCGCUGGUAGAGACUCCCAGCGCUGCGAUGCCGGUGACCACAGAGACCAGGAUGACGAGCGCUGGCGAGAGAGACUGUCCCGCCGUUGUCACGCCCUGGGCCUUCGGUGCAAAGGGUGACGGCCACACCGAUGACUCAAACGCCAUCAGGAUGGCUUUGAACUGGGCCUCGCAAUGCGAAAGCGAAGUUCUCCUGGGCCGAGCGGGCCCCCUUUCUCCGAUGAAGCCACGUUUCUACGUUCCGCCGAACUCUCUCGAGUUGACUUUGCAGAACGUGGUCAUCACUCUCGACGGCUUCCUUGUGGGUCCGACGAUCGAGGUUUGGAACCCACGGCAUGACACAUGGCCGAAAGGCUCUUGUGCCUAUGCCGAGGCGGACUGCAAGUCCGGAGGGCCGAGUCCCGAGUUCGCGCGCUCGCAGUGGUCGCUGCUUCUGCUGCGGAACUCACGCAACGUGACCAUCCGCGGUCGGGGAGGCAUCCGUGGCAAUGGCGACAGCUUCUGGCGCAUCCGGAACACGAAGCCGCAGGUCCGAGGCUACUGCCUACUGAAGGUCGAUCAAUCCGAGGACGUGCAGAUCUCCGGCCUUCGCUUGGCCGAUUCCCCCAUGUACCAGGUGGUGGUGGCGCGAAGUCAGCGGGUCCAGCUGGAAG